CUACUGUCUAUGGUCUUGACGGCUACAAGAAGCCAGACGACAACAAGAAGCGCACGAGACAUCACAGACAGCCUCAUUGUGUUGAAAGAUUGACUGAAGGUCUACCAUGCCUGUGGCCUCAACCAGGACAGAGCCUGUCCCCCAGGUGUUGGACGCUAUGAGUGACACCACCACCAGCUCCACCACGGCCAAUGACCUGGACCUCAUCUACCUCAAAGGCAUCAUGGAGAGCCCUCUGGAGCAAGAGGAGAGCCUUAAGGAGCCGCGUCCGUCGCCAGUGAGGGAGAACAACGUGGAGCUCCUGCAGGAGAUCCUCAGUGAACUGGACCCCUUCACACACCACUCCGACACCGCAGCAGAGCUCACCCGCAUACUCACACAGCCUCACUUCAAGUCUCUUCUGGAAACUCAUGAUUCAGUGGCGUCCCAGGCAUGCGAUAGCCCACCCCCCAGCCCAUGUGAUUUUGUGGAUAAUGAGCAGGAGGAUGGCCACACACAAAACGUUCCACCGGACGCAAUCCGCAUGGUGGGCAUACGCAAAGUGGCGGGGGAGAACCUGGGUGUGACAUUUAAAGUAGAGGGGGGUGAGCUGAUCAUAGCCCGAAUCCUCCAUGGAGGGAUGAUAGACCAGCAAGGACUGCUGCACGUGGGAGAUAUAAUCAAAGAGGUGAAUGGACGAGAGGUGGGCCGGGAUGCCAGGGUGCUGCAGGAGGAGCUGCAAGCAGCGAGUGUGAGCGUAGUUCUGAAGAUACUGCCCAGCUACCAUGAGGCCAUACCGCCUAGAAAGGUGUUCUUUAAGUGUCACUAUGACUACGACCCGGCCAACGACAACCUGAUUCCCUGUAAGGAGGCAGGCUUGAGGUUUGAGACAGGAGACAUCCUGCAGAUAGUCAACCAGGAUGAUGUCAAUUGGUGGCAGGGCCGUCAUGUGGAGGGUGGUAGCACGGGGCUGAUACCCAGUCAGAUGCUGGAGGAGAAGAGGAAAGCAUUUGUCAAGAGAGACGUGGAACUGGCGCCAGCAGGGAAUCUUUGUACUGGUGUCGGAGGGAAAAAGAAGAAGAAAAUGAUGUAUGUGACCACCAAAAAUGCAGAGUUCGACAGGCAUGAGAUAUUGCUCUACGAGGAGGUGGCCAAGGUCCCGCCUUUCAAGAGGAAAACUCUGAUUUUGAUUGGUGCCCAGGGUGUGGGGCGGCGGAGACUGAAGAACAAGCUUCUACUGAGGGAUCCACUGCUCUUUGGCACCACCAUUCCAUACACCUCCAGAAAGCCCAAAAAGGAAGAUCGCGAGAGUCGGAUGUACGCCUUCACCAGCCGCAGCAAGAUGGAGGCCGACAUCAAGAACGGGCGCUAUCUUGAACAUGGAGAGUACGACGGCAGCCUGUACGGCAUCAAGAUCGACUCCAUACAUGAGGUGGUGGAGGCAGGACGCGUCUGCAUACUGGACAUCAACCCUCAGUCCCUCAAAGUGCUGAGGACCUCGGAGUUCUUGCCCUACGUGGUAUUCCUUCAGUCUCCAGAGUUUGAGGUGCUCAAGGCGAUGAACCACUCGGCCGCAGAGGCAGGGGUGGUUCCUAAGACGCUGACGGAUGAAGAGCUGCAGAGGACAUGCGAUGAGAGCGCUAAGAUCCAGGCAGCCUCCGGCCACUACUUUGACCUCAGCAUCAUCAACGACGACUUGGAUGAGACCUACCGUACUGUCAAGGUCGCCCUGGAAACGGUUUCUAAAAACCCCCAGUGGGUCCCCGUCACCUGGGUUUUCUAGAUGGAGGCUGUGGAGGGCAGAGGAGGGAGGGAAGAUACUGUAAGGAAGAAAACAAUGAUUAAUCUAAAGUUUCAACAGAGAUUAAAUCUGACCAUUGCAGGCGCUUAGCAUCGGAAACCUGUUUUCUUGAUAAGGUAACUGCUUUGUAGAUAAAUAACAGGAUUUCUUUUUUUCAAAGUCCGUUAUUUAAACAAGAUUAUCAUUUUCUGUGUAGGGAGGAUAGAAAUGAGGGAAUAAAAAGACACAAGAAUGAGGAGGAAAAAUGAGGCGAAAAAGAAAUUGUGAAUGUCAGAAAUUAAAAAGAAAAAACACAUCGGCUGUGUGUGUGGGGGUGCAUGCAUGUGUGUGUGUGUGUGUGUGUGUGUGUGUAUGGCUUUUAGAUACUUUUUGUAUGUUUUUACAUGAUUUGUGCCAUUACUGAUGAUGAUCAUCAGCAGACAUUAUCAUUGUUUAUAUUUUAAGAUUGGAGAGAUCGUUACUGAUGGUUACACUUAAUCUCCAAGCUACGAGGGCUAGUGAAAGUUAUAAACUAAACCUGAUCUAUUGAUCAGGUUUUAACGCCCACAGACCACAAAGAUAUCUUCAAAUUGCUCAACAGUCCAGAAACCCAAAGGUCUUCAAUAUACAACAGCAUGAAAUGGUCAGCGAUUUCUAUUAUUUUUUUAACAAACACAUUUUUAUGACCACUUAUUUGACUUAUCUUUUCAGCCAUAAGUUGAAAGUGAUCAUAAGACCAACACAUGCAACGCCUCAGUUGCUGUGUAAAGCACAGUGAUGCAGAAGCCAGAGAUUUCCUCAUCUCAAAUUAGUUUUAAUUAGAGAAUGUUAUAUUGGCCAAAUUAUGUUUAACUACAACAAAAACCUCACUGUACAUCCAUUUUCUAUCCUUGGUGCGAGCAUAGGCCACAUUUCUUAUCCUGUUCUUUAUUUAAUGUAGUCACACAAACACUCAUCCCACUCUAAGAACACAAACAACUAUACAGGUAAUGAAAAGGCAGAAAGGCCUACAAUACACAUCACUAUAUUAAAGUCAGUUGUCAUCUAAUUAGUAGUUAGAGAAAGAAAAAAGCCACAUCUAAAAUCAUCUUGGGGGUCCCAUAGAAAAAUUGUUUGUAAGUACUGUACUGUCAUCACACGUAAUAACUAGGUCAUAGUGGAAGACCUGAUGGGUCCAUGUGAAAGUCCACUCAGGCAGAGUUAUGGCCAGACUUAUUGUCAGUUUUCUUUAACAGAAGACUGGAAGGGCUCAAGGUCUACUGCAUCUCACUUAAACUAGUGUCUAUUUCUGGCAUUGUUAGCUAGCUCGCUAAAAACAACUGUGAACUUAUUGUCCCAUUACCGACCGAGCAAGGCUAAAAAGGUAGACCAGGAGUUUGGUAACUGACCCUUGGCAAGCUUGUUGGCUCUGACAACUUUAUUUCCCAUUUUUAUUGAAUUAAAUGGUGUACAAUCGUGACCAACCUAGCAUGGGAGGAAACAGAACAGUACAGAAUCUUAGCGGUUAGCUCACUGGUUCACCAAUUAGUAAUUCAUAUUUUGUAAAGAUGUGCAAAUGAACCCACAUAAUGGCUUAAAAAUCAGCCAAUCACGGUUAUUGUGAAGAAAUAAACAACAACAAAAGAUGUGAUCAGAUCAGAUGUGAAACAGUUGAGUUAUGUAGCAACGUAACAAGCUGUAGAAUACCUAAACACAAAAACAGUCACAUCAUGAACACAGUCAGUGUAACCACAAAAUAUAAAGACCCCCAGUAUGAUUGAGAAGGCAUUACAUAGUUUGAACCCCACAUAAUACACACACACACACACAUCGAAAUCUCCAGUUUACUACAACAUUGUAUUUCGUAAGAAUGGGUAAUUCAACACUCAUUCUUAUGGGGCACCAAAUGUAAAAUUCAGAUACAUUUUAUAGCUGAUAUAUUUUGAUUACUUAGUUAAAUUUUCUCACAUUUGAGAAAGA